AUGGGAAGAGCUGCCCAGAAAACCCUCCUCUCUUUACUCUGCAUAACCGCAGUGGUUUGUGCAGAUAAAGACACCUGCCCAGAUGUAAGAAUAGUGGGUCUCAGUGGUUCUGAAAAACUUACCGUUCUCCAGGGCUGCCCUGGGAUUCCUGGAGCUGCAGGUCCCAAAGGAGAACCCGGAGUUGCGGGAAUGAAAGGUAUGUUCCCAGAACGGGGAGCUCAGGGGAUUCCUGGAAAAGUGGGACCUGCUGGGAUGAAAGGAGAAAAGGGAGAUGCUGGCCGCACUGGACUGAAAGGAGCACGGGACUGCAAGCAGCUGUUAAGCGAAGGGAAUUCUCUGAGUGGCUGGUACACCGUUUUUACGCAGGACUGUGUUGCCAUGACUGUGCUGUGUGACAUGGACACGGAUGGCGGGGGAUGGAUUGUUUUCCAGAAACGGGUGGAUGGUUUGGUGGAUUUUUUCCGCGAUUGGAAUUCGUACAAGAGAGGUUUUGGCAGCCGGCUGUCAGAAUUCUGGCUGGGGAACGACAAUAUCCACCUGCUGACGUCAAUUGGAACCCAUGAACUGCGCAUUGAUCUCAGGGAUUUUGAAGACAACUGUGUAUUUGCCAAGUACAAGUCUUUCAAAAUAUUAGGGGAGACUGAGAAAUACAAGCUGAUCCUUGGAGACUUUCUUGGUGGGACUGCAGGCGAUUCUCUAUCGGUUCACAAGGGCAUGGCCUUUUCAACCAAGGACGGUGACAAUGAUCAGAGCACAGACAACUGUGCUACAGCCUACCUGGGGGCCUGGUGGUACAAUGGAUGUCAUCACUCCAACCUGAAUGGGUUUUACUGGCGGGAGAGACAAGAGAAGCAUGCUACUGGCAUCAACUGGUUGGCAGGAAAAGGUCAUGGCUAUUCCUAUAAGUUCUCUGAAAUGAAAUUUAGGCCGGUUUAGCCCAGCUGGAGGACCGCUGCAGGCUGCUCCCACGGAGGUGAGCAUUCAGC